UUUGUUGACUUGCAGAUAUCUAGACGCAGACAGUUAAUUACUCAUUAAGUCCUGUCACGAUUUAACAAAACGCAUGAUUGUUGCGGAGUAUGUCACUAUCCUAGUUUUUAUCUUUAUCUGUGUUGUUUUUUUACUCCUUCAAUUACCAUCGUGCUGUUUCCGUUUCUCAACUCCGACCCCCCUGACAGCGUGAAGAAUGGGGUUCUUCUGGGUUUCCUUUUUCUUCUGGAUUUGAGGUCUUGCAGUGCCUCGUGAAAGAGCUGACUGGUUUUUUUUUUUUCUUGUUUUUCUGUUGGACCACUAUCGAGCAGAACCUUGCAACUUUCAUCAUCUGAUACAGCAGGACCAAGAUGGACGUCCACCUGGAUGGAUUGUUCAACCUAAACGUCAGCUACGACUACGACGAGGACUACGUGUAUAAAGAUGACGAUCCAGAUUUAAAGGGAGGACAAGCAGUGUGGAUCCCUCUUGUCUACUCAGUUGUGCUGAUCCUAGGUCUAUUCGGGAACGGGCUGCUUUUGGCGGCGCUGGCGCUGAAGAAGCGAGCGUGGAGAACGUCAGACACAUUCAUUCUCCACCUGAGUGUGGCCGACGUCCUGCUGCUCAUCACGCUGCCCCUGUGGGCCGCACAAGCCACACAGAGUUGCGGUUGGUGCAUCGGACUCGCUCUUUGCAGGAUCAGCGCAGUUAUUUUUAAGCUCAACUUCUUCUGCGGGAUCUUUCUCCUGGCCAUCAUCUGUUUGGACCGCUACCUGUCACUGGUCCAUGCCAAGCAGCUGUACUCCCACAAGAAACCCAUGUUGACCCACCUUAGCUGCCUUUCAGUGUGGCUAGUCUCCCUGCUCCUUACCAUUCCAGAGUGGCUCUACAUGCCGUUGGAGCGCCAUCCGUGGAAGGAGGAGAAAACCCAGUGCUUCCUCGGUCUCUACACUGCAAACAAACACCUGGGGUCGCGCAUCUCCCACCAUGUGUUCAGCGCGGCUGCCGGGGUGGUCAUCUUCUUCUCCUGUGGGACACCAUGGCUCCAGCGCUCAGCUAAAACCAUCCGAAAGAGAGUGGUCACACUUAUUCUGGUUGGGGUCUUCUCACUCUGCUGGAUUCCGUAUAACGUCGUACUCGUCAUUGACACGUUUCGUGGCACAGAGACGACCUCGGACGCUUUAUCCGGGCUUCCCCGAAGCUCACGGAGGACUGCCCUGAAAGUCACGGCUGUAUUGGGCUGCGUUCACGCUUGCCUCAGGCCGUUGCUCUACCUCGGCCUGAGCAGCGAUUUUAGGAAGUGGACUCUUGCGAUGCUGAGUUGCGUCAGAGCGGAACCUAAGGGAUCCGUGUGGGAGUUGGGAGUAGGCGACGACGCCCUGCUUGAGCAGAACCCAGAGACCGAGCAGCUGAAGCAGCUUGCCAGCGUGGACCAGCAAGUGCAGGUGAAAAUGGCCACGUAGCAGAAGUGGUGACUCAGAUUAAGAAAUUGACCUAAGUCACUAAAUUUAGGAUUUGUUACUUGCUUGGUGACAACUUUCAACUGGACUCGACAGUGCACUACACUAUUAAAAAAGAAGAAAGAAAAAAAAGUUACAUUUACUGUAAAAUACUGGCGGCUGCUUUUGCCAGAAUUUAACAUUGGAAACGGGAAAUUCUUCAUAUACAAGUAAAAACUUUAUAGUGCCCCAGUAAACUAUUUUUUAUGGUAUAUUGUUUUUAACUGAAUAUUGUGGGAGGAGAAUCUAAAUUUCAGAUGUAUGUAACAAUUUGGCGAAGCGCAGAUGAUGAGAAAUUAGUUUUUUAGUCAGUCGUUUAGUCCCGCCUGUCAUCAUAGCACUCUAGCGUCCCCAGCUGGAGGAUGACGUCGGCAGGGUCACGAUUUCAUCUGAUAUAGAAUUCAGCCCAUUGAGGAAAAUGCGACGAAGAGAGCAGCAAAAUGUCAUUGUUUCACUCUUUUCUACACCAAUAUUUUUACAGGAUGUUCUUUUUAUCUAAGUAUUUUCCCCUUUUGCUAAAUAAAUGUUAUGGUCAUGACAAAUAACAGUCUUAUGCUAAAUGGAAUAUCAAAUAUUAAAAAUGCAUUUAUUUAGUACGACAUGGCAAAAUUACUCCACAAUGGUCAAAACCGUCAAGGUCUUGUACCUCCCAAAUGAUAUUUUAUUCCACCAGAGCUAGUCCGGCUUUUGUCAUUUCCCUGCCCCGGCUUCAGAGAGCGUAAACAAACCAGGAGGCGUGACAGCUAACUGACAUGCUAACCCAAACCGGCGGCGUUUCCAAGUCUUAUUCUCAGCCCCACAACAUGCAAGCCACCUCCUUAUUAAAACGUGUGCCAUGAUCCCAGUAUUUAACAUAUUAUAAAACACAAUGUUUACUCACUUCCUCGUGAGUCCAACGGUCCCGCAGUUGUUGGACUUGUUUUGGCCAAUCUCUGCGGAACGGGAACUUUUUGAAACCCAAAAAGGCUCACACGCCUCUCCCUGGUGCAGCAACAAAACCCUAGCGCACAUUUGGCUGACGUGAUGCGAAAAAUAAACAGGGAAAUAAGCGGAAAAUUCUUAAAAAACAAGUAAAAACUCUGUAGUGCCCCAGCAAACUAUUUUUUGUACGGUAUAUUUUUUUAACUGAAUAUUGUGGGAGGAUAAUUUAAAUUUCAGAAUUAUUUUAGACUGUGAUUUGUGUAAAUAUAUACUGUAUACUGGUCUUGGUGGUGAUGUCACUGAGCUCCUGUUCUAUUCCUCCCCCCUUUUCAACCGGGCAGUCUAGGUAGUCGAGCGUUCUGACUACCGAGCUACUAAAAACUGGUUGUUGUGGGUAUAGAGUAGUGCUGCUACGAUUAAUCGAUUACCUCGAAUAAUUCGAUUACAAAAAAAGCUUCGAUUUCUUAAAUAUGCUAAGUAAAGCUGAACUAAAACACAGUCAGCGCGCGCGGUCUUCGGGACGCAUUGAGGAACAGACGAGAGUAAACAUCCACAUUCCACAACUCAUGCCGCUAGAUUAAAAAAAACGCCGACAGCUGCUACAUACAACACUCAGUUUUUACAAACUUCGCCCAUGUUGCUACAAACUACGCCCACAUAAUGGUACGGUAGAUAUCACAUGUACAUAGAACUAGAUGCGAAAUGACAGACUCGCCGGCGUUAGUAAACAGCCGCCACCUUAAAGCAGUAGACAUCUAAGGAAGGCUCUGUUGUAGCGAAGCUUCCGAGCAAACCUAAUUAAAUUUUUAUCUAAAUUACUCCUAAUUCGGCAAAACCUUGACUUGAAUCUAUCUUUAAAUGAUGAAACAGUUUUAAAACUUGCACAUGUCGAAAGUAGACAGAAGUGAAAUUAUGGAAUAACGGGAGCAAUUUUAACAAAUUUAACGGUUGAUUCACAGCAUUAAAUUAAUUGAAUGUAGUAAUGGGGACUACAGUAUUUAAUUUACCGUUUUGAACAAUUAACUUGAUACUGAAAUUGUAGUUUAUUUACGCCUGAGAGGAGUUUUGUACUAUUUUUGUAACUAAUGUACGAAUUAUUAAAAGCAUCUAAUAGCUGGGGGGGGGUUGUGCAGCAAUAAUUGAUUUAUAAUCGAAUCGUAGUCUCUGAAUCGUAAUCGAAUCGUGAGGUGCCCCAAGAUUCCCACCUCUAGUUAUUGUGGUUUGUUUUUAAAGAGUUUGCAUUAAGUUUUUUUUUACGGGGGAGGGGUGGAUACACUGCCCUAUAGUAGCAACAGUGAAUAUUACAUUAACUCAUUUAAGAUGGCUGACUCCAGCUGCUCCCUGUUAGGACCAACAUAAAGUCAUUUUAUUUUUUAAUGCAUUCGUAAUUUAGAAUAGUUAUAUUUAGCCAGUUUUUUUUUUUUUUUUUUUUUUUUUACCUUUUUUGUGGGGACAUGUGUUUCAACGAUUUGUUAAGAGUAUUGUUAAAAAAAAAAAAAACUUAGCAUUUUAUAGCAUUUAAGCUAGCGGAUUUAUGGUAUGCAAGUUAGCCAAUUUUUCUUUUGUUAUAUUUAGAGCUUCAUUUAUUUAAUUUUUAAUACCGUUUGAGGCUAAGCUAAGGUAUUUUAAUUUAUUUUAUAUGAAAGUGCAAUUCUGUAUAGUUUGAAGAAAACUCAGAAAUUUUGUGUUUGCAUUUAAUGCUCUUCUAAAAAUGCAAUCUGAGCAAACCAUUGUUUUACAUCUCCUAAAAUGUAUUCUGGAACGCAUUAGAUUUUCGUAAUCCGAUUACUCAAUUAUUCGAACUAACUAGUUGAUAGAUUAAUCGACUGCUAAAAUAAUCGACAGCUGCUGCCCUAGUAGAGGGUCAGGAAAAUCUUGCGCUCUAAUAACUUAUAAGAAUGUACUGCAGUUAUAACUAGACUGGACUUGGAUCAGUAGUCAUCAUGCUCAACUACAGUAGUGAUAAUGUGGAUUCAAACCCUGGUUGAAGAGCGUGUUGAUUGUGAAAGGGGCACAGUGAUGUCAAUACAUACAUCAGACCAGUUACACAUACCAGUACAUACUUUUUACAGUCGUUUGCUGUAAAACGACAGUCAAAAUAUAGUUCUUUUCAUUGUAUUUUUUUAAUUUGACUGUAAACCCUUUAUGGUUUUCCUGUUUUUUACAGUACAAUUCUGGCAACCACAGCUGCCAUUAUAUUACCAUGAAUUUAACUUUUACGCUUUUUAACUUACUAUUUUUUUUUUGCGUUACAAGCUGUCAUAUGGGUGAUUUUCUUAUUUUUGCCUCGUUUGCUGAUGCACUUCCAGCCGGUCAUUAAACAGGCGAUGAGGAGUUUCUUCAUGUAACAGCAUAAACCUGUUAGUCAAGGUCUCAGUUGACCUAAUUUACCAAGUUUUUACAUUUAAAAAAUCUGCAUUCUUAAGAUAGUGUGUUAUUUUUUUUUUUUAUGAAAGAAAAGUGAUUUUUCUUAUAUAUAUAUAUAUUAAUGUCACACAUGGAAACCAUGUAACCUAUGCCACUUAGGUCAUUAUUAUUGUAUUAAUGUGCUCUUAAAGGGAAGUAAUUUGGGAAGUCACGUGCUUCAAGGAUAGAGGAGGUGUGAUGACUUUAUUGUCACUGGAAACACGUAAUUUAUUUACCGUUUCAUAACAAUGCUUUGUAAAUUAGUUUUAAUGCCUAUUAUUGUUGUUUUGUUGUCCAAUGCACUUCCUAGCACAGAAAAAAAUGUGUGGUAUUACCUAUCCAAAUAGAUUUAAAGCCUCGUGUGUUAACUUAAUCUUCAAGGCACGCUUUAUUUUUCACAUGACAUGGAAGUUUUGAUAUUGACAUGACUUAAUAAUUAUUUAAGUUGUUGAAUAUUUAUAUGUUUCAACACUUUGAUUCAGAGUCGUUUGUUUCUAAAGUGCUCUGAUAAGAGUAAUCCGUUAAUCCUGACCAGGUUUAAAAUGAAAAAUAGCUCUUGCUAUACUAGAAUUUGAAAGACUAAUUGGGAAAAUUAAAGAUACAGCUCAUUAGAAUCCACAGUUUAUCACAAAAGUGAGUACACCCCUUGGAUUUUGGUAGAUAUUUAAGUAUAUCUUUUCAUGGGACAACACUGACAAAAGGACACUU